ACAAUCUCAACAGUCAUUCGUGUACUCGCGAUUUAGCAACAUCGCAACAGAAUUAAUCAGAGUGUUUUCCGCGAAACGUCAUCAUGGACACUUAUGUUGUCUUUACGUUGGUGCUUUCAGCUGCCGUUAUCGCUGUUUAUUAUUACUUCUAUAAAAACUUGAACUUUUUCAAGAAAUAUGAAAUUUUACAUAUACCACCAUUACCUGUUCUGGGCAAUAUGACGCCAGUUAUUCUGCAUCAACUAUCGAUGGCCGAGCUCGUUCAAAAGGUUUACUGUCUGAAUCAAGACGCCAAAUAUGUUGGUUUCUUUGACAGUAUGACACCAAUCGUGAUGAUCCGCGAUCCGGAUCUCAUCAAAGCCAUCGGCAUUAAAAACUUCGAGGUAUUCCCCGAUCAUCGCAGUUUAAUCGACGAAGUCAGCGACCCUCUAUUCGGCAAGAAUCUGUUUUCGCUACGUGGGGAAAGGUGGCGGGAAGUGAGGAAUCUACUAAGUCCCGUUUUUACUACAAGUAAAAUAAAAGCCAUGUUCAUAUUGAUGUCCGACUGUGCCUCCAAUUUUAUUGAUUUCCUUUCCAAGUUACCGGCGGACAGGAAUGUCGAAAUGAAGGAAUGCUUCGCUAAAUACACGAAUGACGUAAUCGCGACUUGCGCUUUCGGUGUCACCGUUAACUCCAUGAAAAAUCCUAACAAUGAUUUCUACAUAUACGGAAAAGAAGCCACCACUUUCAGUCGUCUGCGCACUAUUAAACUUUACAUCGUCAGAAGUAUGCCAGUUAUCAGCAAGCUGUUGGGCGUUAAAUUAAUCAGCCAUCGCGUAAAUCAAUUUUUCAAAGAUCUCGUAAGGAACACAAUACACACCAGAGAUAUGAAAAAUAUCGCACGACCGGACAUGCUGCAGUUGAUGAUGGAGACCAGAGGAAAACGGGGACCCGGUAAGGAACUGACCGUCGAGGAUAUGACCGCGCAGGCGUUCAUCUUCUUCUUUGGCGGCUUCGACACCGUCUCCAGCCUGAUGUGCUUCGCCGCCCACGAAAUCGCCGUGAAUCCGCAAGUUCAGGCGAAGCUGCACGACGAGAUAGAUGAGGUUCUAAAAACAACUAACGGGAAACUGACUUACGAGGCGCUAAACGGAAUGCAAUACCUGGACGCGGUGAUCAACGAGGCUCUCAGGAUGUGGCCCGUGUUCAUUUUUCUGGAUAGGAUAAGCGAGAAAGAUUUCGAGCUACCUCCGGCGCUACCGGGGGACAAGCCCUUCCUCUUGAAGAAAGGGAUGAACGUUUGGUUCCCGGUUUACGGUCUACACCGGGAUCCCAAGUAUUUCCAGAAACCGGAUGAGUUUCGUCCCGAACGUUUCCUGGACGAGAACAAGAAGGGUAUAAAUUCAGCCGCGUAUAUUCCAUUUGGACUCGGUCCAAGAAUGUGCAUAGGCAACAGGUUUGCGUUAUUGGAGACCAAGGUUGUGUUGUUUCAUUUGUUAGCGCGUUGCGAAUUAAAAUUGUGCACGAAAACGUCGCAUCCGUUGCAAUUGAGCAAAGCAAAUCUCGACAUGAUGGCGGAAGGGGGAUUCUGGCUGAAGAUUCAAACAAGAGACAAAAAAACUAAUGCAUCUAAUGUUGUUAAUGAUAAUACUACCGAUGAUCAUACUUAAAUUCGCAAGAUUUUUCGAAUAAAAUUUGCAUAGAUAUGAAUCUCAUACGAUAUUAUUUAACCGAAAGAAGGAACAAUCAGAUUUAUUUGAAUAUGCCCGCGUGAAUAGUUUUACUUUAAAAAGUUCUCGUUACAAUAAUCAAAUCAAUCGUGUUUUCGAUUGUUCCUAAUUUUAUCUUUUUUUAAUCAUUAAUGUUUCAUCGCAGUAUUAACUCUUUAUUUGUUUAUUUACUGUUUAAGUACUGCACAAACAAAUUAUUUUUA